UUUAUGCUGCUAGCUCUGCGCAAACAUACUGUGUUAACAGCGGUUUCCUGCCGUUAGCAAAAUGCACGUGAGAGUGACGACAUCAGAUUCUUCUCUGUGGUGAGCUUCAAUCAGUUCCAGCAAGGAAGGAAGGACAAAUCACUCCAUAACAAGUUUCAGGUCAUGAGAUCGAGUCCGGGAGGAUUGAUUUGCUUCAGUUGAGGUUCAUGUGCCAGGGGUCGGAAUGGCACUUCGGCUCUCGCACUGUGCGUGCAAAGUGGGCUUUCGAAGAAACGUCAUCGUGUUGCCAAGCUCGAAGGCCUUGAGAUGCUCCCUACCUUCUCCCACCUCGCUCACACAGGGAUCAUGCAAGACUAGAACAGGCAAGUGCUAUUGUAGUUGUAGUUAUCAGAGUCAGUGGUCGUCUACCCAUCUUGUUGCAUGGGACAAUUUUCUGUCUAGGAGGAGGCCCCCUCCACCUCCGGGUGUCUGUUGUUGCCACAGGAGCUCUUUGCUAUCAAUCAGCACAUCACCGCCGUCCUCUCUCUCUCACUGUAGUAUGAUUACUUAUGCCGGUAGGUUUAGACUUGCUGGAUCAACGACGAGUAGGUGGAAAAGUCAUGUCUUCCAAAGGUGGAAGCACAGAGACUCUUCAUCAUUUCCUGAUACGUUCACGAAUCCACUUCCAGAUGCAGGGAUCAGAUUCGACCGACUCGGGAUGCGCAUAGUAGAGAGAGCUCCCAGGUCAGCGCACAGAGCGGACGGUGCCGUGGGUGGUUUCUCCUCCAGGCGACCACCUCCUACCCCCAACUACGUCCCCUUCCGUGUCCAGAGACAUGGGUUCAAACAGCCCCUUCAUUUGGUUGAAAGGGGGGGCCUUAGUCAGUGGAGAACUGUUGUAGGAGCAGGCAAUUUGUGGCGAGCCGGUCGCAGUGCUGAGGAUGUGGUUGGCAGGUACUGUCAGUGGAUUGCGGGACACACCAUACAGGGUUGCGCACUCCCUCAUUGGAAUUCAUUUCCUGAUGAGGGAAAGAUAGGAUCCCGAUUUUCCCAGAAAAGGAAAUAUACCAGGCACGGUCCUUUGUCGCAGCGGUUGCCCGCAGAACACGCUCGUGGAGAUUCCGAGUGUAGUUUGAAAGGGAAGCCAAGGGCAAGUCUUUUGAGCGCGCUUGAUGGUGAAUGGAGAAGAACAGCGGAGGUAGAGGACGAGCAGGUGCGAGGUAUACGGGAUGAAGAGGAGGAGGAAGAACUUGAAGGAGAGGAGGUAGACAGCGAAGACGAUUAUGAAGACGAGGAGGAGGAAGAGGACGAGCAAGAGGAAGGAGAGGAAGAAGAGGAGGAAGAAUUAGAGCGAACGCUGGAAGCGGAAGCUUAUGAAGAGGAAGGCACGUUCUUUGGCGCUGUGGAGGACGGGGAGGAAAGCAAGAGCUUAACCAUGGAAGAUCGUGUGUUCAAACUCCGGGAGAGGAUGCUACAGGCUGGCGAUUAUGGCUUAGGGGUGAGAGAAGUACAGCGAUUGUUCCCUUAUCCGAUUGACAAGUUUCAGAGGCUGGCCAUCAAGGCAAUGUUAGAGGGUGUGUCUGUCGUGGUAUCGGCGCCCACGAGCAGCGGGAAAACACUGAUCGCAGAGGCGGCAGCAGCCGUCGCCCUCGCAAGAGGGCGAAGACUUAUAUACACCACGCCUCUCAAAGCCCUCUCCAAUCAGAAACUGCGGGAGUUCCGUGUCAAGUUUGGGGAAGGGAAUGUGGGGUUGCUCACCGGCGAUGCCGCUGUUAACCGAGAGGCCCCUGUUUUGGUGAUGACAACAGAAAUCCUGAGGAACAUGAUGUACUCUAGUUUAGGUCAAAUCAGCGAAGGUAGCGGGCUGAUGAAUGUCGACGUCAUCGUGCUCGACGAGGUGCACUACCUGAGCGACGUUUCCCGCGGAACGGUGUGGGAGGAGUCCGUCAUUUACUGUCCCAAGGAGGUUCAGCUCCUCUGUUUGUCUGCCACUGUCGCCAACUCUGAUGAGCUGGCAGACUGGAUUUCCCAGGUGCAUGGGCCAACUCAAUUGAUCACAUCCACAAAACGGCCGGUACCGCUGAUGUGGCACUUUUCAACUAAACAAGCGCUUAUUCCACUUCUCAAUCAUCAGAGCACAGCCAUGAACCGGCGUCUGCUUCCAAGCAGUCGGUUUGAGGAGAUGCGAGAAGAAGAGCUUCCUUUUGCAUUGAGGCGGCUGGCACAGAAGAGGAGGGGCGGUCGAGAGAGAGAACGAGUCAGAUCGGAAAAACAGAGCGGCCGCCGUACUGCGGCUGUACCGCUGUCGAAGGAGGAGGAAAAACUGCUGCGGCGUACGCAGGUUCCUCAGCUUCGUGACACCCUGCGACAACUGGCAGAGCGAAAUAUGUUACCUGCCAUCUGGUUUCUGUUUAGCCGAAGAGGUUGCGAUCAGGCUCUCGGGAUGCUUCACAGUGUGCAGCUGCUGAACGAGAGAGAAAAAUGUGCAGUGGGCGAGGCGCUCGAAAAGUUCAAGGCCACAAAUGCGGAAGCUGUUCGAGAGAGUGCCGUGAGCCCAUUGAUGCGCGGCCUUGCUUCGCACCAUGCGGGGUGUCUUCCGGCGUGGAAGGGGUUCAUAGAGGAGCUGUUCCAGGAGGGACUAAUCAAGGUGGUGUUUGCAACAGAGACAUUGGCCGCAGGGGUCAAUAUGCCCGCCCGAACCACCGUGCUAUCGGCGCUCAGAAAGCGUGGCGAGAACGGACAUGAGUUCCUGGCAGCCAACUCCAUGCUUCAAAUGGCUGGGCGCGCUGGGCGGCGCGGAAUAGAUAAGCAGGGUCAUGUCGUGGUUGUUCAGACACCAUUUGAGGAUCCAGAGGAUUGCUGCAGUCUCCUGUUCGGAGGGGUAGACCCAUUGGUAUCGCAGUUCACUGCCACAUAUGGAAUGGUGCUGAACCUUCUUCAGGGAGGAGGGCAGUAUCAGCAACGCACGGAGACCGGUGGGACUCCGCUCCCAGCGGAAAGCCAAUCCCAAACACAAUCCGGGCAUGCGAAGAUGGGGAGAACUAUGGAUGAGGCCAGGGCCCUGGUAGAAAGAAGCUUUGGGAACUAUCUUGGAAAUGAGGCUACGGCUAUGGUCAAGAAGAAGCUGAGAAGACUCGAGCAGGAGCUCGACGACUUGGCGCUGAACCAGGAGGAGGCAGUACGCAAGUUGAGGGAGGAGCCUCAGGAUGGGAGUUUAGCGGCCUGGAAGAAGUAUGUUGCACUGAAAGAGCAAGUUCAGAUGGAGAAACGGAGCUUGCGGAGGCUUCGAGACCUUCUCGACGAUUUGCGAGUCGCAAGGAUGCAGCUGUUGCUUGACGACGAAUUGGCGACGCAGAAAUAUGCUCCAUUCGUAGAGCUCCGUUUCAAAGAUCAGUCCACGCGUGCUGCCAAAUGCAUGUGUGUGUUCUUAGUCGGGAGCAUUCCCCGACCGUUUUUCAUCACUGAAGAUGAACCGUGGGAAGGAAACAAAGAUUACGACGAUGACGGCGAUGACGACUUUGCAGGUCUUACUUCAAGGUGGCUGAGCACCAAAAGCAAUGCUGACAAUCGUGAGUUGGGAGAUCUGAACAUUGGUGAAAGUGCUCAUGGUGGAGGGCUUGCCCCCGGAGCUGUACGAAGCAGCGACAGAACUGCUGGCGACGACAACCUCUUGGGAGGAGGCGAUUCGUAUCUGGCUGAAAUUGCAGAUGAGGGAGGGUUCGCUGCGACCCGAGGGGGCAAGGAUCGUAUGGGAGCUGGGGGCCCUAACCCAGCAGAUACCUAUGGCGUUGACCCCUGUGGUGACGAAUCGUCUGCUGGAGAAGCAAGAGGGGCCAACCAUGCGCAGCCACAGCGGGUAGACGAAGUGCGUUAUUACGUUGGGCUGGGUCCAGACAAUAACUGGUAUGUGUUCACGGCCAAGUAUGCAGCAAAACUUUAUCGAGUCGCACCCGACGCUGUUGCUGCCAAGUCUGCGCAACUGCGCCUGACGCAAGAGCUUCAAGAAAAGAUCAGGUUAGGUUCAAGAAACUGGGCUUGUGUGACCCCUGAGGACGACUCAUCGCCUUACGGUCAUGUGUGGUUGGGAGAAGGCUCGUUCGACACGUGGCUUUGGAGUGCGUCGAUUCCUCAGGCAGGGGCGCUGCCAUGCAGCGUGGAUGUGUCAGAUUCCGAGGUCGUGAGUGCAGAGAAAGCCCUGCAGAAACAGAGGACGGUGGUGUCAAAGCUGAGAAAGACUCUUAAGAGCCUGCCGCAGUAUAAGCAGGAGAAAAAGGCGCUGCAUGCAAUCCGCAAGCAAGAGGAGAAUAUAACGAGCCUUGGCGGCAAGGUAGAGCGACUGAGGAAGCGUAUUGAUAGGAUGGCACCCACUGGUUGGAGGGAGUUUACACAUGUUGUAAAGGUGCUGGAACGCCUUCGUGCAAUCGACACAAAGGAAGAAGUGCUCUUGCCGCUUGGCCAGAUGGCAGCUGCACUUCGCGGGACAAAUGAACUAUGGCUUGCCGUCGCCUUCAGUGAACCUAGCACGCACCGUCUGACGGCUGCAGAGCUGGCGUCAGCAUGUGCCACCCUUGUAACGGAUAUCAAAGUCCGGCAGGAUUUCGGCAAAGGACUACCAACGCACAUGACGCUGUACAGACCGUCGCAACCUGUCGUAGACUGGCUGGAAGCAAUUGAACCCAAGAGGUUGGCUUUUUGUGAAGCCCAGUUCCAAGAGGGUGUCGACAUGCCAAUUGAACUGGAUGAUCAGUUUGCGGGCAUGGUCGAGGCAUGGGCGUCUGGGGUAUCGUGGAGCGAGUUGAUGAUGGAUUGUGUAAUUGACGAGGGAGACAUUGCUCGCCUUCUUCGGCGGACCAUAGACCUCCUCGUACAACUCCGCCACCUUCCGCACAUCGACAUCAAGGAGGAGGAGGUGGACGACGAGGGCGGCGAGGAAGGGGAGGAGGAGGACCUGGAGGAGGAGGGCGACGAGGAAGGGGAGGAGGAGGACCUGGAGGAGGAGGGCGACGAGGGCGACAAGGAAGGGGAGGAGGAGGAGGAGGAGGAGGAGAGCAACGAGGGCGACGAGGAAAGGGGGGAGGAGGAGGAGGAGGAGGAGGAGGAGGAGGAGGGCGACGAGGGCGACGAGGAAGGGGAGGAGGAGGAGGAGGAUGCAGAGGAGGCAGUGAGGAGGAUGAAGGGAAGGUCGAGGCCGGUGAUACUCACCGGGCGAUGGCGCCAGCUCCUCCCUCACACGGCAGCACGGCAGCACGGGGCGGCACUUGAGAACGGUGGCAGCCCCUCCUUGAAAUGGCAACGGCACUGGCAGGAAUGGCCGGUGUCAGGAGGGAUGAGUGUGGCUUCGUCGUAUCAGGUCGUAGGGCCACCGUUGCCGCAAACGUCAAGCUGCCAUAAUUUGGCACAGCAAAGAUGUCAUCGUCGUUUGAAGUACGACGACGGAUCCAAACCGGGGUGCAAACAAUGCUUCAAGCCUGCGGCACAUGCACAUGCGCCUGGUGGUGGUCACCGUCUGUGUGCAGAGUCUGCAUCCAUCCAUUUUGAUUGGAAUGGUCGUGCCAAAGUUCGCAUGUGCCUCCGAAGUGCCCCUGCAUCCGUCACCACUGCAACGUUCUCGCCCACUCGCAUACGGUUAAAAGAACAUAUCGCCGUCCCUACGAAACUUGAGAGGACAAAAAAGAAUCCAAGGCACUGCCGGUGUCAACAGUGCCGCGCGGCCCUUCACCAUCCAAGGCUGAAGGAAGCGGCCAGCUUCCUUUUUGUCCGCUGCUCGCAUACCACCAACCAGGGUGAACGUCCGGCAGGCUUUUUGCUACCUCACACAAGAGGUAAGCAAUUGGCUGUAGAAGCUCCGGCUUCGGCAGGACAACACAUGUCUGCUGCAACAUCCUCAUUGCACAGCAGCAGUACGUCAACAACAACAACAAUGAAAGAAGAAGAAGAAGAGGAGAAAGACAAGGAUGAAAGUACAGCAUCUGUGGUUGGUGAAAUCAGUAUAGAUGAGGUUACUAGUGACUGGGAGAAGUUCUCGGCCAAUGUGUCGGGUGAAUGGGAUGGAUUCAGCGCCGAUUUCCUCGCAAAUGGCGAUGUAUUGGAGCUGCCUGAGUCUGUUGUUCCCCAAGCUUUUAGGGACUGGGAGGUCAGAGUCUGCGACUGGCAGACCCAAUGCCCAACCCUUGCGACGACCGAUCGCGGCAUAACUUUCAAGACGAUUCGGCUUCUGCCGACGGUCGGGUGCGAAGCGGACGCUGCAACCAGGUACGACACUGUGGAGAAAAAACUGGGUGGGCAAGGUGGUGAGAGCGCUGCGCUUCUCGCUUACAAGGAUGACGGCUCUUUCAUCGCUAGCUGGCAUGGAGGAGGGAGGCAGAGUGAGGCUUAUCCUGCUGACGAGAGUGGUAAGGAGCUUGCGCUUCCAAUGCAGUGGACGGUCGAGCAUUGUCUCGUCGAGGGAGAGGGAGACGACGAUCGAUCCAGGGUUCGAAUCUUGCAGUCGCUGGAGAGAACAAGUGAGGGAGGGCUGGAAUCUGUCAGAGUGAAAAAGAUUACGGUUUUCCGGGAGCGAUACGAGGGCCCGUGGCGGAAUGGCGAAUCUUUCGGCGGAUGCUCCACUGGCCUGGGAGCUUUUGCGGAAGCCCCGAGAGCAGAGCAGUCGGCGUUAGAAGGACGGUGGAGUGGAGAAAGCUGGCGAUACGAUUUCAACCUCAACCUCUCGGCACAUGACAGCGGUAUAGCGAACAACCUUUUCGCACUAAGAAAGGGAGAGGGAGAGGGAGAGGGAGAGGGAGAGGGAGAGGGAGAGGGAUCCUUUGAGGUUAAUUGUUGUAGUGGUGCCGCAUCCACUUUGGCGAAUGUGGCGGGAGAUUCGUAUCCGCUAAGUGGGGUUUGUGUGCGUUUGCCGACUGGGCUGUGGUCGCGUGUGAGCAUCAAGAACGAGGAAGUCAAUGAUCGUGAAGGAGGACGACUUACCGUUGAGGCGGGAUGGCUCUUGGAGGAAGGAGGACGGAUGAUAAGGUCUGUCUGCGAGUAUGGGCGCACCGGAGAAGUCAACAGCAUGUGCAUCGUCUCGGGAACACGAGCAGGAGGAGUUGGAGCGUAAGCUGUGUGUAGUUUGUUGCAUGUGGCUCGUCGUGAACUAGAGAACUAGGCAUACAAUUCGGAUAUUGGGUUUCUUCGCGGACUCUUCUGCGUCUGGCCAUGGCUGAACUUUCAGGGGGCAAACUUGUUUGGAUCCGUCUGUGGUGUUCUGGACGUGGCGAGGACUGAUAUGGAUGCUCGGUGGUUUAAAAUUUGAAUUGAGAGGUGAGCCAUGGAUGCUUUGGCGGUCGUUACCCGGGGGGUGGGGGGGGUGGCAUUGAAGCGGAAGCUUCCUAGCUGUCGUCCAGAUUGGUUAUGGGUUUGGAGAAUGCAAAAUGCUAAAUUCGAACGGUGCUUGUGUUUGUAGGCUGCUUUUCAUGAUCGACAGGGUGCGGAAAGUGCAUACGAUUUUAUUAUUAUUAUUUUUUUAGAUGAAUAUAUUGGUCAUGCUACAGACGCUAGAAUGUAAAAUGAUACUAAAAUCAUCGACCAUUCUUUUUUCCCUAAUGAUUCAUUCCGUGUAGGGAGUGCGUAACAAAGUUGUAGACUACUU